AUGCGUGCCUCCAUCUAUCUGGGUCUCCUCGCGAGUGUAUCUGCAGUUCAGGACACAGCAGUUGUCUUCAAUCUAUUCCAACUUGAAAGCACCCUUACCGCUAUUGGCUCCGACGCCAGCGCGACGACUUACAAGAACAGCUGCCCAUCGGGCGCUGUCGGCAUUUCCGCUGUUCCUUCAGAACUGAGAGACAACGCGGGAGCCACACCAACUCCAGCCCCGACAGCGGCAGCUCGCUUGCGUCGUCAGGACCAGUCAUCCAGCGACAUUGAAGACUACACUUUCUGCGAGCCAUAUACACUCGUUCAAGGCCCAUCGACUUAUGAAAUGCAUCUUACCGACCCUUCACCAGGCGCGUGGACACUGGACAUGGCCUGCAAGUGGCAGGGCGCUAUCACGGCGGCGGAUUUGACUUGCACAGUGAGCCAAUCAGGUUCUAUCCCUGGUCCUGGUGCAACCGGCGUCACAACUUCUGUCGUCAGCAGUACUGAGCUCUCUGAUAUGGAGGCUUUCCAGACCGUCGCCGUCGUGAGCGCAUCAGGCGGAUCAGGUUCUCCUGCAGCAUCAGCAUCGCAAACAGCAUCUGGAUCAGGAACAGCAUUGCCAUCUGGGUCAGCCUCGGGCUCCGAUGCAGCAGGGAGCCGAAGUACUGGGCUUGCACCUGCAGUAGCAUUACCCACAGGCGCAGUAGCUUUUGUGGGCGGAGCCGCAGGUAUCUUUGCGGCUGCUUUGGCCUUGUGA